CGUUGGUGGCGCUGCUGGUCUCUGGAAUGAAGUAUUUCCUCAUAUUAAUGGGGAAACUUCAACCACACCUCAGUGAUCUGGGAAACACGGAGUCACUUCCACCCUCAGCUCUCCACACAAGAGUUGCUUCACCUCCAGCCGCUCACUGGGGCUCUCGUUUUCAUCAAAGAUUCGUCUGUAACAGCUCUGGCUUGUAUAAACCCCACAGUCCCACAGAUUCAACUGGAAAUCAGGGGCCCAGAAUAACUGCGGGAAUAAGGGGUAUUGUGUAUAUAUACUUAAACCAGAGACAUCAACAAGGAUUCUGUCAGUGAUCAGGACGGAGAUUUUUGGACGAGCCAAGGCUUAUAUCGCUGAGUGUUGAGGAUUAGAUUCUCUAUCUUGUCUCUAAAUGGCCUGCAGGGUGGCGAGAGAGAGGGGGGAACCCAACCGGUGCAUGCCGGAGAUGAGUGCGUUCUGGCAUAAGAUCGGCUGCUGCGUGGUAGCCAAACCUCCUCCGAAGAAGAAACGGAGGAGAAUUGACCGCAGCAUGAUCGGAGAGCCCACAAACUUCGUUCAUCUGACACACAUAGGCUCUGGUGAAAUGGCAGACGGCAUGCAACCGUCUGGCCCAAUGCAGGAACAAAUGAGAUCCAAAGUGCCUCAUGCUAAUGGACGAAACAGCUUGUUAUAGCCUCUUCACCAACUUUCAUUUUUGUUCCUUAAAGCUCCGUAAAGUGUCCUCAGCAGAACCUGUCCAGCUAGCAGCACUGCACCAAUGAGGAGGAGAUAAAGAGCAGAUCCCAAUCACAAAAUCGACAACCUCCUUUUUCAACCUCCAAGCACAGAGUGCUUGCUGUGGAAGAGGACAGGCUCUUAUCGCUUUAACACCGGGGACUAUUUGACUGCCUUCCCAAAGUUAUAACUGGCAUGUUUGUCAUAGUCUGUCAUUGAUAAGGAUGUGCGCAAGUGUGUGUUUGCUUUUGUUUUGUAAUGGAAAUAUAUGUGCACCUAUACCAUUAUAGUGUCUCCAACUGCUUGUCAUUAACAGUUGCACAAAUUAGUGUAUUAUACAAAGCCCUCUGGUAUGUGUAUAGUAGAAAGAUAUAGUAUGAAAAUGUCUUUUUUUAUGUCCGCAUGUUUGAUAUUGCAUGAACAAAUGAUGCGUAAUGGCCUUAAUAACUCUAAAGGAAUAGUUUUAAAAAUUCCUAAAAUAAAAAUACUCAUUCACCAAGUCAUUUCAAACACACACACUCUUAAAAAUAAAGG